GAAGUAAUAUACACACCAUCUCCAGGUUACAGAGAGUGGAAAAUGAAAGGAACGGCAUAUACCCUCCUCCCACCCACAGCAACUGUUUAGUAUGUACUACUAUGUACUCUCUUUCUCUUUCUCCCUCUCUAAAAUGGAAACCCUGAAAUCGCUACAGCAAAAUAAAGCAACUGCAACUGACAAGUUUUGAAGGGAAAAUAGAGCCAUUGGAGAUCCUUACCUUAAUUUAAUGCAAACGUCAUAUCGUUUUCUGUCUCGCCUCUACCAUUCCCAGAAUCAAACUUCCUCCAUUUUGAAACCUUCUUCAUCUUCUCCAAUUUUAUGGAACAAGGAUUUGAUCUUUUUAAUAACCCAAACCAAUUCCAUUUCCAAUACUAACAACACUAACACUAGCUUAGACCCCAAUUUUAUUAAACAAAAUUUGAGCUCUAAAUAUCUCUUUGGUUCCUUUACUCAAUCUCGGGGGUUUUUAACUUCUAAUUCUUCUAAACGAUUUCUACUAUUGGGUUUGGUUGCUUUGGAUCAUCAGGGUCAUCAUCACUACAUAACUCGUCGUAGUUUUUUCAGAAGAGCUAAACAAGUACAGAAGAUUGAAAUCAAUGAUCAACACAGUCAAAGAGCUGUCAGAACUGCAUUGUGGUGUAACUUCCUUGUCUUCUCUCUUAAGUUUGGGGUCUGGUUAGCGAGCUCCAGUCAUGUAAUGUUGGCUGAAGUUGUGCAUUCAGCUGCAGAUUUUGCAAACCAGGCUCUCCUUGCUUAUGGUUUGAGUAGUUCCAGGCGUGCACCAGAUGCUCUUCAUCCCUAUGGCUAUUCCAAAGAAAGGUUUGUAUGGUCCUUGAUUUCUGCUGUUGGUAUAUUUUGUCUUGGUUCUGGAGCUACAAUUGUUCAUGGAGUUCAGAACUUGUGGACCUCACAUCCUCCUGCAAACAUUCAAUAUGCAGCUUUGGUGAUUGGUGGUUCAUUUAUCAUUGAAGGUGCUUCUCUUGUUGUUGCUAUACAAGCUGUGAAGAAAGGUGCAGCAGCAGAGGGUAUGAAGGUGAGAGAUUAUGUUUGGCGUGGUCAUGAUCCGACAUCUGUUGCAGUCAUGACUGAGGAUGGCGCUGCAGUAACUGGACUUGCUAUUGCUGCUGCAUCUUUGGUUGCAGUGAAUACCACAGGGAAUGCAAUUUAUGAUCCUAUAGGUUCAAUUAUUGUUGGUAACUUACUUGGGAUGGUGGCUAUAUUUCUUAUCCAGAGGAAUCGGCAUGCUUUGAUUGGUAGAGCAAUGGAUGACCAUGAUGUGGAGAAGGUUCUUCAAUUCUUAAAAAAUGACCCGGUGGUAGAUGCUUUAUAUGAUUGCAAAAGUGAGGUGAUAGGUCCUGGAUUUUUUAGAUUUAAAGCAGAAAUAGAUUUUAAUGGAGUGGUGGUCGUGCAGAAUUAUCUGAAUAGGACAGGACGUGCAGAGUGGGCGAGACAGUUUCGUGAAGCUGCCAAGGAGAAGGAUGACACUGCAUUGCUCAAGAUGAUGUCAAACUAUGGUGAGGAAGUAGUUACUGCUUUAGGAAGUGAAGUCGAUAGGCUUGAAAAGGAGAUACAAGAGCUUGUUCCCGGUAUUCGGCAUGUUGAUAUAGAAGCUCACAAUCCAACAGGACCAACACCAUGAUUACAUUAUUUACGAAUUAGCAUUUACCUGUCUUGCGUGCUACAAGAAAUGGCGGAUGGCAGGCUUUUUGCAUAUAUUCUCGGAGUUAACCUACUCUGCAAAUAUUGAUAAUGAGAUUCCAAAUCUGCUCUAGUAUGGAUAGCUAUCCUUGAAAAGGUAUAUUUUAUGAAUUUGCCACCUUUGAUACAUUAGGAUUAUGAAAGGAAGUGCAAUGCUUUCGAACAAAUGGAUUGGAAUUUAUUGGUCUAAGUUUGUCUGCCUUCAGUUUUCAUGGGUCUAAUUGUUUGUAAGAAAUUGCACAAAUAAAUUGUACCAGUGGUCACUAAACUUAGACCUCAGUUCUAUUGCAAUCACUAAAAAUUAAUUUGUUGCAAUGAGGUCACUUAAAGUUCUAAUUUUUGUUCUUUUGAGGUGCAAUCCAUAUGAUUCUGCCAA